CGCCUGCGCAUUAGGGCUCCGCUGGGGUGGGUGUCCAGCUCUGUAGGAGGAACGCGGUGGGAGGAAGGCUUGCGGGCGUGCGGACUCGGCUUCGGGCCGAGAGCUUUGAAGAAUUUUGCAGAACCCUGCUACCUACAGACUCUGCCAUGGACAUCAUGUAAAGAAACCCCGGAUGUAGUAGCGGACAAAACAUGAGUCAGUUUGUGUUGUGGCAUUCAGAUCCUAACACACUGGGAGAGAUUGUGGAAGACUCGAGGAACUUACGGAGUACAUUUGUUUUUCUGUCCACUUGGGCUCCAGAAGUGAUUCUGAAUGGAGAAGACGUAGGACCGGUCAGUGGUAGGAUGGACUGUGCUUGGAAGACAGGCACCCGGAGCUCUCAGUUUGGACUAGGCUGGCUGGCCAGCAAGCCCCCAGGAUCCUCCUGUUCGCGCUCUUGAAGCAUCAAGUCCCAAGAUUGUGAAGACCACGGCCCAUCCUUAUGCAUUCAGGAGUUGAGUGUGGAUGACUUCGAGCUGAAAAGCCUCUUCAGAAGCUUCAUGUGUCGCGUGCAUUGAAGCUCUGCAUUAAACCCGCUCACACAAGUUUUGGAGUCCUCUCUUGCAUCAAACCUCUGCUGCUGUAAUCUUCUGACUGUCAUCUCAGGACCUGGGUCACCCUCAUGGCACAAUGGCCAACCCUCAGGAGCACCUGAGCUGCUCCUCUUUGCCGCACUUACCCUUGACUGAGAACAGAACCUCUGGUGGACGAAAUGAGCUUGCAGCUAUGGGGAACCACCCUUCACCCAAGCUCCCUGAGGACCCUCAGGAGAGGGGGGCUAUCCAGUCAGAGCUGAUGGAGAUCACGGGCAGCCCGCUCUCCACCACAGUGCUGACCAGUGUAAGCGAGGAUUCCAGGGGCCCGUUUGAGAACAGUGUUCUUCAGCUAAGGGAACAGGAUGAGUCAGAGAUGACCCUGUCUCUGGGGAACAGCAACACUGUGGAUGGAGAGAACACGAACGGACCCGAAGACAUCAAGAUUCAGUUCAGCAGGUCAGGCAGCGGCAGCGGCGGGUUUCUCGAAGGCCUGUUUGGAUGCCUGAGGCCCGUGUGGAAUAUCAUCGGGAAGGCAUAUUCCACUGAUUACAAACUGCAGCAGCAAGAUACUUGGGAAGUGCCAUUUGAGGAAAUCUCAGAGCUGCAAUGGCUGGGUAGUGGAGCCCAAGGAGCUGUCUUCCUGGGCAAAUUCCGAGCAGAGGAGGUGGCCAUCAAGAAGGUGAGAGAACAAAAUGAGACGGACAUCAAGCACCUGAGGAAGCUGAAGCAUCCUAACAUCAUCGCCUUCAAGGGUGUUUGCACUCAGGCCCCGUGCUACUGCAUCAUCAUGGAGUACUGUGCCCACGGGCAGCUGUACGAGGUCCUGAGAGCUGGCAGGAAGAUCACGCCCCGGCUGCUCGUGGACUGGUCCACGGGAAUCGCCAGUGGGAUGAAUUAUCUCCAUCUCCACAAGAUUAUACACCGUGACCUCAAGUCACCCAAUGUUUUAGUGACUCACACAGAUGCAGUGAAAAUUUCAGACUUUGGCACAUCUAAGGAACUCAGUGAUAAAAGCACCAAGAUGUCCUUCGCUGGCACCGUCGCGUGGAUGGCACCAGAGGUGAUCCGGAAUGAGCCUGUCUCCGAGAAGGUGGACAUAUGGUCUUUUGGCGUGGUGCUUUGGGAGUUGCUGACAGGGGAGAUCCCCUAUAAGGAUGUGGACUCUUCCGCCAUCAUUUGGGGUGUCGGCAGCAACAGCUUACAUCUCCCAGUUCCUUCCACUUGCCCGGAUGGAUUCAAAAUCCUUAUGAAACAGACGUGGCAGAGUAAGCCUCGCAACCGCCCUUCUUUCCGGCAGACGCUCAUGCAUCUGGACAUCGCAUCUGCAGAUGUGCUCGCCACCCCUCAAGAAACUUACUUCAAGUCUCAGGCUGAAUGGAGAGAAGAAGUGAAGAAACAUUUUGAGAAAAUCAAAAGUGAAGGGACCUGUAUACACCGAUUAGAUGAAGAACUGAUUCGACGGCGCAGGGAGGAGCUCAGGCAUGCUCUGGAUAUUCGGGAGCACUAUGAGAGAAAGCUCGAACGGGCUAACAAUCUGUACAUGGAGUUGAGCGCCAUCAUGCUGCAGCUGGAGAUGCGGGAGAAGGAGCUCCUUAAGCGAGAGCAAGCAGUGGAAAAGAAGUAUCCUGGAACCUACAAACGACACCCUGUCCGUCCAAUCAUCCACCCGAAUGCCAUGGAGAAACUCAUGAAAAGGAAGGGUGUGCCUCACAAGGCUGGGGUGCAGACUAAGCGGCCAGACCUGUUGCGAUCCGAAGGCAUUCCUAGUACAGAAGCAGCUCCCACGGCAUCCCCUCUGUCUGGAAGUCCCAAAAUGUCCACCUCAAGCAGCAGGAGCCGGUACCGAAGCAAACCACGUCACCGCCGGGGGAACAGUAGAGGCAGCCAUAGCGACUUCGCAGCAAUCUUGAAAACCCAGCCCGCCCAGGAAAAUUCACCCCACCCCACCUACCUGCACCACACUCAGGCUCAGUGCGCUUCAGUCCAUCAACAUAACCCUCUCCAGCAGCAAUACCAGCAGUCCCCUUCUGCCCUGCCGCAGAGCCGGCAUCCCAGACUCAAUGCGCAUGGGCAGGACAUUGCAACCUGCGCCAAUAACCUGAGGUACUUUGGCCCCGCAGCGGCCCUGCGGAGUCCACUCAGCAACCAUGCUCAAAGACAGAUGCCUGGCUCUAGUCCCGACCUCAUCUCCACAGCCAUGGCGGCAGAUUGCUGGAGAAAUUCUGAACUUGACCAAGACCAAGUUGGACCCUGGGGCUGUUGUCAGGCUGAACCCUAUGAUCCCUGUUUCCAGUGCAGGCCAGAACAUUCUGGGUCUUUAGAUGUUCCCACUACUGAGCCAGUGGGGAGGGGCCCGGACCGGUCCAGUUCACCAGCGCACAAUCCUCUUUCAGGAAAUGCCCAAGGCUCUGAGAGAACGGAGGCAAAUGGGUUCAAUGGCUGUCAGUCUGGUAUUUCUCAUCAAUUCACACCCCCAAUGCUACCUCAAAAGACACGGCCCCUUCAGAAGAGUGGAGAUGACUCCUCAGAAGAGGAAGGGGAAGUGGACAGUGAAGUAGAAUUUCCUCGACGACAGAGGCCUCCCCGCUGCAUUAGCAGUUACCAGUCAUACUCAACCUUUAGCUCCGAGAACUUCUCUGCGUCUGACGGAGAGGAGGGCAACACCAGUGACCACUCGAACAGUCCCGACGAGUCCGCCAAAAGACGGCAGGACCGCCUGGCAGACGCACUGGACGACCUGCUGUCCCAGACACCCGAGGCCCCCAUCGAGAUCUCCUCCCACUCAGACGGGCUGUCUGACAAGGAGUGUGCCGUUCGGCGCGUGAAGACACAGAUGUCCCUGGGCAAGCUGUGUGCCGAGGAGCGCGGCUACGAGAACCCUGUGCGAUUUGGAGACUCGGACUGUGACUCUUCAGAGGGAGAGUGUUCUGAUGCCACAGUUAGGACCAGCAAGAACUACAGCUCUGCUACCUGGUGACAAGGGAGCCGACCCCACUCCAGCAAUAGACUCCUCCCUCCUUCAUCUGUCUGGGCGGAGUGGCCCUGUCCCAGAAACAAGCCGCAGUGACAGGGACAUGAGACUUGUCAAAUCUCUGGGAAAUACCCAACUGAAACUACGUCUCACUGAGCCUUUCAAUCAAGAAUGGCAGGGAUCUAUUAUACUGAAUACUCCAGCUACUGUAACAUUGAUAUUUAUUUUUGUUGGACAUUUUAACACUUUGUAUUGUAAAGAGUGAACUAUAUAUGAUACAGACACAAUAAUUUCUUUACAAAAAAAAAAAAAAUUAAGGAAAUGUUGCUCUUUAGGAACAACAUUUGGAAUUUGUGGGGCCAGGUGUCACUGUCACUUGAACACAGGACUGGAUCUUUCGCCCAUGCUUGAAGAGUUGUAAGGAGACAUGUUGGACAUUGAAAACACAAGCCAAAGGAAACGCAGCCACGUUAAGAUCGACUGGCUUGUCCAUGCGAAGGACGGAGAUGACCUGGAAGUUGAGUGAUUGCCUUGGAGGGCAUGGGCUUCCUCUAGGAGGAGGAGCACACAGAGCUAUCACUGCACAUAUGAAAGCCAUUUCAUUUCUUGAACGUUAAGCAGAACCUGGUCGUCAGAGCUUUAGCAGCACCAGGUCUCACCCUCAGCACAUGCUUCCCGUUCAGUGCCGCCAUUUUCACACCCCUGACCAGCGUGCUCUUCCAGACACAGUGCCAUUUCUCCUUUCUUUCCGCCUGUUGGCCACUAUGAAAAGAGCAUCUGUGACACAAGCCUGUAAAAAUUCCUUCUUGGGGUGGCUCUGUUCAGCUAUCUAAAAGCAAGACGGUGUGACCCCUCUCUGACCAGGUUGUCUACCUCCUGGAACCACACUGAUUCACACAGAAGGCAGCUAGGAUGUGCGCACCAAGUGUCCAUCCCAAACCAUCUUUAUUUUGUUCAUGAUCUCAUUCUAGCUUGGAAGCUUUGGUGGCUGUCAAUCACUGUAGCAUAAAAGGCUAAGUUAGCAGCUCGUAAAAGGUGACCCCACCACCAUCACACUUCUGUUAAAUGCUAUCUGUAAAAUACGGUAGGUUUUUUGUUUGUUUGUUUGUUUUUUGUUUUCAUUUUGAAUCACUGCAGUUUUAUUUAGUUGGGUCAGGAAAUUUGUAGAAGGAACAGCUGAUGCUAAGCAGGAAUUAGAAUUACUUUAGUUUCCCCAAAGCAUGUGAUUCUUCCUGUGUCCAGAGUCCUGGGCUAUGAAAGGUACCUCGAGGUGCUUUGUGGAGCCUUGGCUUGAAGCAAGAAAUGUCUCACAGUCCCCUGAGGGCUGGGGCACAGGUGGGCACCACCAUGCCUGGCUUAAAGAUGUUUUAUCUAGAUUUUAUGUAUACACACAUUGGCCCGAUUCCUGUCUCCAGUGCAGGCUUCUGCCAGGCAUUGCCCUGCACUGGCUGCAUUCUGAUGGUGCAUCCUGAAAGGAUGUUAGGUAUUAAGACAUUCCAACCCCAGUGGAAAUAGUGCCCCUGGGCCAGGUGUCACCCACUGACUGUGUCAGCAAAAAUGAAGUGCAGGAGGGACUCAGAGCCAGUCUUACGUUUGAUCCCUCCUUUGUUUACACUUUAUGUUGAGACAUUGAUUUUAAAAUUCAGUCUAUAAUUUUUUAGCUCAUAGGAAAGAUGAAGGAACUUGUACUAAGAAAGCAGUAUUGUUUUGUUAAAUUAUUCCAUUUUAUAUGAACUGUAGCAGGACUACACAGAAGAGCUUAAGUUAUGGCAUUGUUAUUCUUAUUUUUAUUUUAUAUCGUCAUAAUUUUCUGUUGACCAGAAGGUGUGGCUGAUGAUGUAGCACAAUGGCUGUUUAUUGCUAACCAUGAAUUAUUAUGGACUUCUGUGGUCCUAAGUGAAGGCUGGGGAUGGAGCUGCCUUCUGUCACUCCCAGCAUUCCUCAGUGUUUUCCCUGGUCUCCUAAAUACUGCAGCAAUGGUCUGUGGAGGUGUGCUCUGCCCUGACACCCAACGGGUACACUGUGAUUCUUUUUUACUUGAUUGUAAAAGCUCCUGAAUAUGCAGAUGACCAAGUAGUUUAAAGGCUUCAAAAGUUAUAAACUUUCUAAAGUGUCUUCGAAUAAAAUCAUGGGACUGUAAGAGAGGCAAAAAGAGAUUGAACGGUCAGCCGGCAAGGCAGAGCGUUUCUGUGAGGACUCAUGAGGUAGUUUCAAGAAUGGACAGCAAACCGGGUCAUCAUCUCCUUCCUGCCGAGUCCCACAGAUUGGGAAGAGCAGAGAGACCAACAGGGACAGGCAGGAUGUGCUUCUGUGACUGCCUCAGGUCCCCCGUUCCUUAGGAAUAAGACUCUUCCUGUCCCACACAAAGCAGGAGCAGCUGUCUGUCCUGUGCACACCAUUAGUGACAACAGUGAGCUCUGAAGAGCAGCUUCUGCCUGCACCUCCCAGAAAACCCACCCAGUACCUCAGCCUUCAUCAGCGUUCUGCAUUCCCACCCUGCCUGUGGGGCACACUAAGGCCACCUUAACUGGAUUCACCGUUAUGAGAUGCCACGUUAUGCCAGGGAUGUGGUGUUGAUUCGUCAUUCACUGUAGCAUCAAGAUGCGAGUGAAGUCCACACUUCUGUAGUAGAAUUAACGAGGUUUCAGGAAAGAAAAAGAAAAAAUGGUUCUAAGCAAGGUUAAAAGGGAAGAACAUUCCCUACCCUACCUGCCUUGUAGGAUUCAGGAAACUCAAACUGACUGUGUUUCCUUAAAAACAUUAUAGUCAUCAGAAGAACCUUGAGUGGAGAGAUCAGAGAACGUAAGAGUCAAUUCUUCAGUGCUGUUAGAUGCCGCCGUGCUUUGAGGAUCCUUGCCAGACCAAUUUCAAGCUUCAGGACAUACUGUGAGAUGAAUGACUACAUUCUUUGGCCAGCUUUUUUUUUUUUUUUUGACUGACUGACUACCAAGAUGAGUCUCAUUUUCUACUGCAAUCAAGCACUAGAUUUUUCUUUUUUCUAGAUUAUGUCCCUAAGUAAAAAUCCCUCUUAAAAUAAUAGCCUAGCACAGUAAUGGAGAAGCCUGUGUGCACUUUAAAACAUACCCCACCACCACUAAGUUCAGAGCUAGCUGCAGGACUGGGGGAGAUUCUGCCCAGGACAGGGAAGAUGAUGUUUCAAGAUGACUUGGGUGGUCUGGUUGAAGAUUGAGUAUUUUAAGCCUUUAGUUCCACCAAGUUAAUCCUGGAAUUAAAGUCAUUUUGAGUCAGUACUGUCUAGUGAUUAUUCAGGGCCAUUGUGCUAAAUUAUUCCCCUAAGCUUCUCUGAGUGAUGGAGGCAAUGGCGCUGGAGUCCCUUGUUACGAACACAGGCUUGUCAGUGCUCCCACAAAGCAGCCAUGCCAUCUUCCCUGUGCUCCCAUGAGGUAGCCAUGACAUCUUCCCUGUGCUCCCCAUGAGGUAGUCCUGACAUCAUCGUCUCUGUGAGCAUGUGUUCCUGUUGAUCCAGUGGUUUACUGUUAUGCCUUUAUGCCCUUCUGUCUCAGAUGUUUGUAAUUCUUUGAGAAUUGCAUACAUGUAAACAAUGAACUAUGAUCAUAUGCAGUCCAUACCCCACUAUAUCCCACCUAAACCAUCCUCCUCCCAACCUCAGGUUUUUGGAUUGUUGUUUUGGUAAUUCACUAAACAUAGUUAGUGCCACCCAGGUAUGCGGAUGGCCAUCCACUGGAGCAAGGGACACAAACAGCGGACCAUUUUUACAAAAGCGUGAUUCUCCUCCCUCAAUAGCUGUCAACUGCCAAUUAACUCCAUAAUAAGAAUAGGGCCUAGAGAUCUCCUUCCCACAUCAAUUUCUCUUUUUAAAAAACAUUUCUAUCUGGGUGCGGUGGCACAUACCUUUAAUCCUAGCUC